AUUCCUUUUUGUUUGCCUAUAUAUCUAAUAUCAUGGUUGUGACAUCUACAAUGCCAUGAGUAAGAAGCCUCCCAGAUCACAGGGCCAGAUGGACCUGGUGCCCCCUAUACGGUCCUUGUUGGAGAAGGGUGUUCCCAGCAUCCCUGCCCUGGACACCUACAUAGGGGACUUGGACACCAAGUUAGAAGAUAACACUAGAAACUUAGACAGAUGUGUACAAGAUAUUCUCAACACUGUCAACAAACUACCAGGCAACAGAGAAUGGGAUGAUCCAAGAGAUGCUAUCGCAAACAUGAUUGCAGCCAACAUGCUAGAGAAAGAUUCAUGUUAUGACCCAGAACCAGAAGAUGUUCAUACAAUACUAAGUCAUAUUAGUGGUAUGUUGGAGCAGCACCCUGGUUGUGAGGAGUCAAUACUACAAGAGUUACUGUCCUUGUCCUCCUCUGAGGGCCUGUCUCUCCCUCACACCAGCAGGCCUCGCGGGACAGAUCCAAUGGCCUCUAUGGCUUCUCUUAACAUUGCCACAGACAACUGUGAGGAAAACAUCAGUCAGCAAUGGGAUAGAAUAGCAUUGCACCUACGCAGAUAUUUCACAGAUCGUCUUACAAAGCUUCCAAUCGACAGCCAAAAGCAAGUAGUGGAUUUGUAUGAAAACAAACGCAUGGAAUAUAUCCAGAGUUUGUCCACACUGUACCCUUCAGAAGAUGUGCUCAUUAAAUAUCAGACAUUGAGAUCACAGCAGCUGGACCACUGUUUCCAUACUCUCCUUCCUGAUGCAGAUUCAGAGUCAUAUAAUUCUGUGGCUGUGACAAAAAAUUGUAGAGAACUGGCGGAUAUCAUUUUAAAGAUGAUUGAUGAAGAUUUUGUUAUUUUCAAUUCUGGUGUGUUCAAAAAGUCAUUUAAUAUAGCACGCGCCAUGCAUGACAUGUACCUAGAAAAAUUUUCAGAUGAAAUGUCUGCACUUGUUGAAGACAUUUGGGAAGAAAUUGAAGAAAUUAUUCACAAGCAGCCCCCUCAAUCUUCCAGUGACCACACCCACAGUCUGGAGUCUGUAUCGUCGACUAACCCUGAUGAUGAAGAAGUCUCAACUUUUAGUCUGCCAAGAGAUUACAUAGAGUCCAUACUCAAUGUGGUCACUGCUGUACUUCACAUUGAGGAACAUGUAGAAAGUUUACUAAAGUGUGCUGCAUGGGAUAAUGCAGGAAUCUCAAGCAAAAAAGUCAAGAGAAAGGGCAGUCUAAGAGGUGUUCUGAAGACAAGCUCCAGUCCUGAACCAGUACGUCGACCUGUUAGCUUCAGCGGCCAUGCUGAUGAUGUCUCCUUCACAGACAGCUUCUCAUCAUUUGGCUCUUCAUUGUCAGCUCUCACAGACAACAUGCCUGCCCCGAAAGUUGUGGAGAAAGCGCGAGCAGAGGAGAGACUAAGAUGGGAAUGGAAACUCAUGUUCAAAAAGAUUGCUAAGGAUUUAUCACAAUGUGUUGACAAGCAGAUACGCAACCUCCUGAAGACUACACUGGACAAGGAGUUGAAGGACUGGAUAGAACUUCAUGUCCUGCAGACAGAGAUGGUUAGAGAGGACAUGUGGGGAGGAAAGCUGGACUAUCCCAAGUCUAUCACAAAGUCUGUGCUGGACUUCAUGAAUGAGUUGGAUUUUCUGUUGCCUUUUGCUAAGGCAGGAUCUGACAGUGUACUUCAUUGCGUAAGGACUGCUUUUGUGGACUCGACUAAUCUGUGUUUACAGAACUUCCAUGUACAUCUCACAAAGUUGAGUGGCGACAUCCCACGGAAUGCUCCCAUGAAGAGUUUAUAUGCUAUUCUAUCCAGUGCUGCUUACAUCAGGAAUCAUCUGUAUCACUACGAGUCAGUGCUUAGUCCUGAGGAUAGCAGUAAAAAGGUUUUCUCAGUGCUGUAUAAGCAGUAUGAGGAACUGGUGGAGGCCCUGAGUAAGCUCACCACAGAAAUCCAUAAUAACUUCAUGGCCACCAGUAUCCUACAUGAUACUGAGAGCAACAACUGGGCUGACACCAAAGAGUUCUUUGAGGGAGAGCGCUGUUCCUUUACCAUACAGAUGUGGAAUUACCAUAUGCGUGGUCUGCACCAUGAUGCCUGGUUGAUGUGUCCUCCACGUCUUGGGCAGCGAAUUUACAGUAAAGUCUUACAUGAAUCUGUACAUAUCCUCACCAAGAGAUACGCUCAUGCCAAACCAUCCUACAGGCGUACAGAACAGUACAGAACGGAUGUGCUGUCUAUACUGUUGUGUAUGGGAGAGCUCCUAUUGCCAGCCUGUAGUUCUGUUUCUAUGUAUCUGGAUGUUGGUCACUCACAGCUCCCACACUAUCUCAUACAGAACUUUUGUUCUACUCUCCUGGCCAGUGUAGCCAUCGUCACCUCUCCCUUGGACAUCUUGUACAAAGUUUUUAAGAGAGGGUUCUAUGAGCGCUCUGACAAACAGACAUCAGAGAUUGUCUCACCAGUAGAAGACGUCCCAGGAUCAAACACUGACUGGUUGUCAUGGAUACAACCAACUAUUUUCGAGGCUGGUCACAAGCACUACGAUGACAUGCAGACAACCACAGCACUUUACAUCCAGUGCAAGCUUCUUCUGAGUCAGCCAGAGAUUGACUGGGCAAUGAUAGUCAAGGCAUUGGUGAUGAAGAAUUUCACCCUCCCAAUUCUCUUCCUGACACAAAGUGUUCUCAAUCCAUAUAAAAACUCCCACAAUUCACCAAGAAAGGAAGUGACCUCAAAUGUUGCAGCCUUGACCUCUGACCCAGAUGUCAAACAACUUUUUAAUUCCAUUGUCAGUGUUCUUUCCACGUGCUCCCAGCAUUUCCCAGAUGCUGUUGCUAAAGCAAUUGUUCCUGUGAUUGACAGAUGUGAACAUUGGGUGUAUAUGGAGACGAAGCAUGUGCCAGGACGCGACUUUGAUAUUCCUGUUUGGAUGUAUACAAUAUUUGACCUAAUGGAACCAUUUGUUCUCAGAGUGUUGAAGCCUGUGUUAGAGUAUUUGGUUACCAGUGACCGUUCGGGACAUCAGAUUCGGCCAGUGAUGACUGUACUUGCUGAGCUACCCUGUGGUUGUCCUCCACAUAAUCCCCCACCCACCAAGUCACACAAGUUUGAUGCAAAUAAAGAAUUCAUUGACGUGUCCUUGCGUACUCUCCUGGGUCAGAUGGCAGAGGAUGUUUACGUGCUGCCUACUGCUGUGUGUAUCCUGAUGCGUAUGAUGCAAGAACAGUGUACACUGAAGGGAAUCAAGUCUCCUCACAAAUGUGCCAGUCUCAAGAUUAUAGCCACCUGUUUGAAGUGUAAGCUGUCCGACUUCAACUUUAUACAGUCUAUCACAGGAGUCUCCCUCAGUCAGAACGACAAGGAUCAGUUGCUUCUCUUGGCUGACUGUAUAUACAGCACACUGGUCUACACAAAGUCUAAGAGUCAGGGCACUCCACGCUUAGCGGGGAAAUUCUGUAAAGAAAACAAGGAAUGGAUCGUGGAGAAGAUCCAGAGCAUUGGUAGUUACAUCAGCAGCGAGAUAUUUGAGACAGAUGACAGUAAUAUCUUGGAGCUGGCCACCAAUGAGUUUAUGGCGCAGUUGUUUUUAUUACUGGCCAGUAACAUUCUUGACACAGACACAGGUCAGAGAGAUCUACGUAAUAUUCACUUCCUCAUCACCAAUAACUUCUUGUGGCUGGAGCACCACCUUGAUAUCCAGUAUGUGCUGCCCUCUAGUGACAACAAACUUCCUCCUGUGUUCACCACCAACAUGAAAUCUACAGCACAGAAAGAAUUUGACCCAGCAAAGGAGUUUGAUCUGAUUGGAACUCGAAAGUUUGAUCAUGAGGCGAUCAGAAACUUUCCGAUACAGUGGCAGAAGCUUCUCCAGUCUGAUCUAGGUCUUAGUGAGUUUGGAUUCAGGACACUUCUCUACAAUCGACAUGAGAUGCAAGAAGGAGCUUUCCUUGAGGAAAAUGAAAAGAAACCUGUAGAAGUUCUACGAUCUGCAUAUGAAAAUGAAGCAAGAGAACUCGGUUGAAUGAAGUGUCUGUCAGAAUAUUACUGCCCAAGUUUGUGGUUGUCUCCUUUUAGUUGUGGUAGAUCAUCUACGGAGAGAAUAUUUUUGAACUCUGUGUGAUAUAGUGCUUCGAUAACGCCUCAUUUAAUGUUAGUUAGUUUGGGAAAGUCUGCUGGCAAAAUUAUUUACAUUACUGUGAAAUCAUUAUUUUCAUAGGCUCAAUUUUUGUGGUUUUUCAAAAAGUCACUAUUUCAUUGACAUUUGAUUUCGUGGAUAAAAAUAGCUCUAUAAAUGCAUUUAAAAUGAUUAUGACAGUGGGUUGUCAUAUUAAAUCAUGGAUUGAGAGUACCCACAAAAUGAAUUAAAAUAAAUCUCCCACGAAAAUUGAUUAUUUUACAGUAUGUACAUAGCCAUUGUAUGUAACCUCUAAAAUCUUUAAUAUAGUGUUAUAUUUUUUAGAAGUUUUAGUGCCAUUCAAUAUUUAAUAUUAACACAAAUUCAACUUAUGAUAUACAUGCUUAUGCUGCUGCUUCAAUGACUGAUCUCAUUCAUAGAAACACUUAGAUCCGAUAACAAAUUACAAGGAUAUAGCUGAAAUUUUUCAGACAUUCUCUCAACAUUUCUUCGUCAAUCUGGAGUCUAUGUGUACAGUCCCAAAAUUUUUUCACAGGAAGAAAUUGUUGAAGUAUCCACAUUAACCAUGACAUUGAAAUGAAAUUUUGUAAAAUUUCUUUUCAGUUACUUUUGCCCUUCUAAAUACAUAUUUAUUUGUGAAAGUAGUGAUAUAUCAUGCUGUGUAAAUGUUGGGUAACAAAUACAUUUGUUUACAUCAAUAGAUGUUUAGCUAUUCAGGUUUAUUUCAUCACAUCUGAUACAUGUACAUUAAUUUUUUAAUGGAAAUAUCAAAGACCUGUCUUACAAAUGUAGAUAUUUUAUAGUAUUUGGUCAUUGUUCGGUCUACAUGUUACAUCUGAUGUUCAUCAGAGUUCAGUACAUGCGAUGGAAUUGGCCUCUGGUGAGUCUUUGACUCUGUCCAUCAGGUAAAUUGUUAGAGUUGAGCUGUGUCUCUAGAAUGGGCUGGCACAAAGCGUAAUGCUACUGGCCUGUGGGGAUCUAUCCAGGCAGUCAUUGGUUUGUUGCUGGCACUCUAGGAUUCUCUUAUGAUACACCAGGUAUAUCUGUAGAUAGAGGACUGGGGAGAUUUUAUUGAAGGUUAUAGCUUCAUAAAAGUUUCUUCCAUUUCAGAGAAAAAGGAAAUGUAAUGGAAAAUUUAGUCAGCCAUCAGAUUUCUGCUGACACAUUCUUGCUCUGUUCUGGUAAAACAAGACACAUGAUUAUGUAACUCUCCACUUAACAUACCAAAGCAAUAUGAGUACUUUCAGGAUACACCUAACAUCCGUUAUGAUAGAUAAAGACAUUCUCCAUUAUUGACAUAAAUAGUACCAAAGAAAAUGUAAAUUGAAAUCAGAAAUCAAAAACCUCGUUGAUGUUUUUUUGUUUUAGUGUAUCUUCACUACAAUUUUGUCAUUUUACAGGGUUCACUAUGACCUAAACAAGUAUAUAUAUA